AUGGCAACAGCCCAGAGACCUCCCCGAAGCAGUGACACUGCCCUCUAUACCAUGGGCAGCGUGGGGAGCCUGCUGGAGAGACAGGACUUCUCCCCCGAGGAGCUGCGGGCUGCCCUGGGCAGCGCCCGAAGCUCACGCCAGCCCGAUGGGCUCCUUCGGAAGGGUUUGAGCCAGCGAGAGCUCCUCAGCUACCUUCACCUGGCCAAGAAGGACUCCAAAGCCACCAAACGCUGGCCAUCAGGGGGGUCUCACCGGCAGGGGGAUGAUGACCACCAUAGCAACUACUCUGGUCUCUACUACCGGGAACACCCCCGGGGGACUGACUUCACCAAGACUUCCCUGCCUGAGCGAGGCCGCUUUGACAAGUGCCGCAUCCGACCCUCGGUCUUCAAACCAACAGUAGGUACAGGGAAGAGCUUCCUGUCCAUGCAGAGCUUGGCAGCCCACAAGGGCCAGAAGCUGUGGAAGAGCAAUGGCAGCCUUCAUACACUUGUGUGCAACCCACCCCUGAGCCCUGGUCCCCAGGCCAGCCAUGCUCGGGCUCAGCUGCUGCAGGCACUUAGUCUGGAUGAAGGUGGCCCUGACCCUGGCCUGUCUGAUUCCUCCAGUGGUGGCAGCGGUGGCCCUGGCCCCUUCAGUGCCUCUGUGGGACAUGUCAACCACCUUGGGGGCUCCCUGGACCGAGCUGCCCGAAGCCCUAAGGAACAGGCAAUGGUGACCGCUGGUGAAAUGGGGCCAUUGGCCACUCUGGGCUGCCUGCCCGAGCCCCCACCCCCCUACGACUUCACUUACACUGCUCAGGUGGCCCAGGACUCAGUGGCCCUGCGGCAGGGCCAGCCUGGGGUUGGGGGACUAUCAGAGCUAAAAGGAGGCCUCAGUGACGAUGAUGGCCCCAGUCCCUUUGUACAGGAGCUGGAGGACAGGCAGCAGCUGUGGCUGGCCGAGCUGAAGCGUCUCUAUGAUGAGAAGCUGCAGGAGGUGGCCCAGAAGGCCGAACGCAAUGAACGGAGCCUCCAGCUGCAGCUCUUCAUGGCUCAGCAGGAACAGCGGAGGCUGCGGAAGGAGCUCAGUGCCCGUCAGGGCCUGGCCAAGGAGCCUCCACACUCCCCGGAGCGCACCAGCCCCAGUCUGGAGGAGGAGGCCAAGUGGGAGGCGGGUCAGAAGACUUCAGAAAUCUCUCUGUUAAAGCAGCAGUUGCGGGAGGCCCAAGCAGAGCUGGCCCAAAAGCUAGCAGAAAUCUUCAGCCUGAAGACAAAACUCCGAAGCAGCCGGGCUCAGGCCGAGGCCAAGGACAGUGAGCUGGCCCGGCUCCGGGACACCCUCUGCCACCAAAGCCCCCAGGAUGGCCCAGGCCCAGGGGAACUGCCUGAUGGAGGCUGUGAGACAGAUGAUUCCAAGAGCCAGGGACUUCGGGGGGAGGUGGGCAGUGGCGGGGCAGAACGGCUGUGGACCGAGCUGCAGCGGGAGCGCCAGCAGGGCAGGGAGCAGGCCUUGCUCUUUGAGCAGGAGCGGAGGACAUGGCAGGAGGAGAAGAACAGGGUCCUACGUUACCAGCGGGAAAUCCAGGUGAGCUACAUGGAGAUGUACCACCGCAAUCAGACUCUGGAGCAGGAGCUGAGGGAGCUACGGGAGCUGAGGGCACCACAGGCACCCUGGAGCCCAAGGCUUGAGUCCUCUAAGAUCUGAGUGACGCUGGAGCUGAGUAGGUGGCUGCCGCAGGAUGCCACGGGAAUAGUACUUGGAAAAAGUUGGGAGGGUGCCCCCUUCUCUCUCUCCCCGUUCCUCUGCAGGGUCCCAGUCCCUGAGGAAGGAUAGGAUGGAUAGCCCCAUGCAGGGCUAGGCCAGGCCUGGGAGGAGGGCUUCCAGUGUGGGCACUGCCCUCGUUUUGGUGCUUGGAAGCAAAAGCUCAGGGGUGCUUUUUUUCCCCCUUUAUCAUAUGUUCAAGUAUGUCCCAGCCAUGCCAAGCCUAACCACUCCCUGGAUUGGCUAUGCGAUCUGCGUCCCAGGCCCAGUGAAGAGGCUGGGAGGGUUAGAGUGGAGCCCCCGAUGAUCAGAGCUUGGUGGGGGAAAGGGCUGCAACAGGAGAGGGAGCCUGGAGACCACGAACCCCCGUGUCAUGUCCUCCCUGACUCCCUGUGGGCCAGUGUGAGGAGGCUCAGACACAGGUGCCUGCCCCUCAAAGAAUAAAGCCAU